AUGGGUGACUCUUCUAAAGACUCGUCCAAUGAAAUGGAAGCAAAAGAUAAAGAAAACGUACAACAGGGUGAUGCAGCUACUUCCACGUUAACUUCGGAUUUGGAGGAAAAGGAGAGCACUACCGAUCAAAAUGGUUGCGACGCAGAGGAACUGCUAACCAUACAGGAUAUCAUUGACGACGAAGCGUCCUGCCGUGAAACUGCCCGGGUUUUGCUCGGGGCUCAAGACUCAUCCGUAUGCACUUAUCCCGAGGGUUAUAAACCGCGACAAGCGCUCUUUGCUUGUCUAACGUGUGCAUCAGAUCCGGAGAAGAAUGAAGCUGGCAUCUGUUAUGGUUGUUCGUUGCAUUGUCAUGAAGAUCACAAUAUUGUGGAGUUAUUCACAAAGCGUCGCUUCAGGAGAAAGAUGUUUCCAACAAGGACAAUCAGUACAAUCACAAUUUUGCUGGAUUGUUUUGUGUAUGGAAAAAAGACGUAUCCUUGUGAUGAAAUAGAUGAAACAAUGCAUCAAUGUGUGGCAUGCGAGGAUUGGUUCCAUCUAUCGCACCUAGACGAAAAUUGCGCUACAGUAGCUGAGGAACGAGAGAAAGCGGGACAGCAAGACUUCAGUUUGCUUUGCAAGGACUGCGCCUCUCGGCUCCCUUUCCUGUCUCGGUUAUGUAUCGAUGAAGCUGGUGAGGGUACAGUGUGUUUCUCAUCAGUCCCAGAGACGAAAGAAGGACCAUUUCUGCUUGCUGACGGUUUCCGCACCCGCUUAUGUCGAUGUGAGGAAUGCGUGAAACUUUACGAACGCCUCGGAUGCGAGUUUUUUAUCGAUCCUGAAGAUGAUAUCGAAGAAUUCACGAAGGAGAACAUUGAGAAGACAGCAGACGAGAAGGAACCGGACGCAGACGCGAUAGUGAAUGAGAUUGUGCAGACUGCAGGAAGAGAUGUCGCUAUACAUGUACUACAAGGUAUCAACGCUCUCAAAAGGAACCUGCAGAAUUUCAUGCGUGAAAAACAAGAAGAAGGCGUUUGUGUGAUCACUGCUGAACAUAUCAAUUCAUUUUUCGACAAAAUCAAGCGCAGCCGUACUGAAGAAGCGUCGGGAGAUGAUUUUUGA